AUGAGUGCUGCAACAGUGAACUCAGGAUAUCAAUCAGAAACACAUUCUACACCAAUUGAACACAGAUUCAACCCAUACUCUGACAAUGGUGGUACAAUCUUGGGGAUCGCUGGUGAAGAUUUCUCAGUUUUAGCUGGUGAUACAAGACAUACAGUAGGAUACUCAAUUAAUUCACGUUAUGAACCAAAAGUUUUUGAUGCCGGUGAUAACAUCGUGGUGUCAGCUAAUGGGUUUUCAGCUGAUGGUAACGCCCUUGUUAGUAGAUUUAAAAAUCAUUUAAAAUGGUAUCAUUUCAACAAUAAUAAAAAAAUAUCACUAAGUUCAGCUGCUAGAUUUAUACAACAUAUGCUUUAUGGUAAAAGAUUCUUCCCAUACUACGUUCACACAAUCAUAGCUGGUCUUGAUGAUGAAGGUAAAGGUGCUGUUUACUCUUUUGAUCCUGUUGGAUCUUAUGAAAGAGAACAAUGUAGAGCCGGUGGUGCAGCUGCAAGUUUAAUUAUGCCUUUCUUGGAUAAUCAAGUUAAUUUUAAAAAUCAAUACGAACCAGGUACUGAUGGUAAAGUUAAGAAAGAAUUGAAAUAUUUAUCACUAGAGGAAGUUAUCCAAUUAGUUAGAGAUGCUUUCAGUUCUGCAACAGAAAGACAUAUUCAUGUUGGUGAUGGUUUAGAAAUUUUAAUUGUUACAAAAGAUGGUGUUAGAACUGAAUAUUUCGAUUUGAAGAGAGAUUAG